AUGGCAGCCACCAUGGAGAAGGCGGCUGCAGGAGAUGUCAGCGUUACUUUUGAAGAUCAACAAAAGAUAAACAAGGGCCGGCCGAGUGGCUCAACAAACAAAUCUGCGCAGAAUUCAAGUAGAAUCACAGAGCUAAAGGAAGAAAUAGAUGAAAAAAUGAAACAACUCCAAAAUUUGGAAGAUGCUUGUGAGGACAUCAUGCUGGCAGAUGGCAACUGCUUAAUGAUACCUUAUCAAAUUGGUGAUGUUUUCAUUAGCCAUUCUCAAGAAGAAACACAAGACAUGUUAGAAGAAGCAAAGAAAACUUUGCAAGAAGAAAUUGACGCCUUAGAAUCCAGAGUGGAAUCAAUUCAGCGGGUGUUAGCAGAUUUGAAAGUUCAGUUAUAUGCAAAAUUUGGGAGCAACAUAAACCUUGCAGCUGAUGCAAGUUAAACAUUUUAUAAUACUUUUAAAAAUUUGUUUAAUAAACUUGAAUAUUGU